CGGGACCACAUUUUCGUGACGGACUGGUUUUAAUUCCUGUCGUCUGAGUGCGUUUCCGGUUUCUGUGGCUGCUGAGGUCUUGGGGGUCGUAAGACUGUGGAGGACCCCAACCAGGAAGGAUGAGCGGUGCCUGGGGGAAGGUGCUGUGCUUAAGGAAAGAUGCCUUUUCAAAACAGGCCCUUUCACUUGUAAGGUUUCAACUGAGAGAAGAGAAUCCCAGCUGUUCUGCAGGAAACAUUUUACUAAACACUAGCCGGUCCUACAAGUCAAAGCCCACCCAUGGCAUUGGCAAGUACAAGCAUCUGAUUAUUCCAGCUGAGUCCAAGAAGAAAAUAGGGAAGACUGAGAUGAAACCAAUUUCCCAGGGGACAGAUCACAGUUAUGGAGUGUUAAAUGUUCACCUGACAGCUUAUGACAUGACCCUGGUGGAGAACUACUCCAAGUAUGUUCACAAGCUUUGCAACGAUUACUCCAUUAAAGUGGAGGAGAGUUAUGCUCUGCCCACCAAGACCAUGGAAGUAUUGCAGAUGCAGGAGCAAAGCAACAAGAUGUUAUUGGAUUCAGUCCUUACUACCCAUGAACGAGUGGUCCAGAUCAGCAAUUUGAGUUCCACGUUUGCAGCGAUUUUCUUGGAAAUUCUUCAAAGCAAUCUGCCAGAAGGAGUCAAUCUGUCAGUAAGGGAGCACACUGAGGAGGCUUACAAAGAGCGGUUCAAAGCUCGGCCAGAAUUGGAAGAAUUAUUGGCCAAAGUGAACUAAGAGAUGGUGGAUAUGUUUGAUGUACCUGCUGAAUGAAUGAACUGCUGAAUUACAAGAUUGAAGGUGUAGUGAUGGACUCUUAGAGACCUUCAACUUCUGUUCCCUCAGCCAGAGGAGCUACCAGUUUCCUUCACUGCGUUUACUGUUUGUAAAUUAAAAAGAAAUCCUUUUCUACGUAGAGGGAUCAUCUUAAAAGUAUAAAUCAUUAAAUUUAUAUAGACUAGAGAAGAAUGGACAGUGGGGGGCAGGGCAGGAACAUGAGCCCUAUAUUCAAAAUUCUGAAGAGUUGUAAUGGAGAAAAGUGAACAUAUUGUUUUUUUUAGUAACUACCAGAAUCCUGAAUUCCAUCCCCACCUCACUUCAAGAGAUUCUCUAUGUGGCUUUUUUGAGAAAUGAUUAUUAAUAACCAAUAUCUUAGGGAGAUCAGAACUCUUUUGUUUUUCUAAAUUCCUCAUUUUUAAAAAUUCCUUUUUCUUGAAGGACAUUACUUAUAGUGAGAUUGCAUUGGCUCUUCUGAUCUUGGUCAAACAACACCCAACCUUGCAGGGAAUAUUUAAUCUAGAGAGGGGAAACCCUUUGUGUCCUACUCAAGCUUGGGUGGGAACCAAACUUUUUAUCUAAAUAGACUAGUGUUCUGAGUAGAGAUAAUUACUCCAUCCAGGGGUCACUCUCUGUCCCUCAUUGAAAAAUGUAUACAUUUUUUGAAUUGAUAGCCUAAACCCAUAGGUGGUCUGGUAUAGAGAUUUUUUCCCUAUUCAAAAGACACUCAAGCAUUCAUUUUAAUAUAGUCUACCUCUAAUCGUUAAUUAGAUUUGAUUGCUGUUUGAUGGACUACCAACUGUUUUGAAGAGUCCUGCCACCACAAUUGUCUUUGGUCUAAGAGAUACUGCCAAAUGACCAUCCUUUUAUUAUUAAGCUGCUGGCCUUAUUAAUAAAAUGACUAAAUUACCCAGAAA